AUGUGGCCACCGCAAGCAAAUUGCAAUUAUGGGUGAGUUUUUGACCUUACAAUUAGCGGUUUUUUGUUCAAAAUUUGAAAUUUUCAGAUUCGCGGAAAAUCUGCACGAGCAUUUCCAUCAUAAUCAUCACCACGAUUUUGCUCAUUCUUCCAACAAUCAUUUGGAAUGUUUUCAAACUUUCUCACAUCCUUCUGAUCUUCCAAUUGAAUCUGGACAUUUUCCAGAAUAUCAGGGUUAGUUCUUAUAAAUAUCCACACUUUUAGGUUUUUUUAAUUUUAAAAUUCAAUUUUGAAAACGCGAAAUUUUUGAAAAAUCUAGCGUUUGAAUUUCUGCAGAUAUUUCCUGGUGUUCAGUGGAGCGCAAUUGCAAUCACGAAGGUGCUUGCAAACAAAACACCAUUCCAGAAGAGCAAUCAAAAAUCUUCGAGGAAAUCACCAAAGAAUGCCAGCAUUUUUUGAAGGAAGGAGAAUGCGAUAAAUGUUUAGUCAGGUAAAAAAUUUCCCGCCACCCAAGAUUUGUUCAUUUUUAAGAAUUUGAAAUUUCAGAAAUGAUGAUGGUGGUUCUGAAACAAUUCCAAUCAAUGAUUUGGUUGAUAUAGUUAUACAAACUGUGGAAAAUGUUGGGCCGAAAGUUGAAGAAUCAAAAAUGUUGAGCAGGAAAAGACAACAGAAUAAGGUUGCGGCGGCCAGAUAUAGGGAUAAGCAAAAAAUGAAGUGAGUUAGCUUAAAUAAUAUGAUUUUUCUAUAAAUUAUGUGAAUUUUGCAGGUGGAAAGAGUUGAAUGAUGAGAAAAGUAUUGAGGAAACUCGCAACAAAAAAUUGAAAAUUGAAGUCGAAAAAUUGGAAAAAGAAGUGGCCGAAUUGCGAAAACAGUUCAUGGAGACAAUCAGCAAAUAA